GUCUAGUUUGAGAUUGGCAGUUGCCAAUCAGUCGUGUGAGCGUGAGUUUUGUGAGGGAUUUUCGCUGUGACGAGUUGUCAGUUGUGUGGAAUGUUUUGUUCUUGUUUUUUGUUUUGUUUUUCCGUUAGUUGGUGUCGUGCGUUUGACGAGGUGAGACGAAAGGAAAGGUGGCUGUUCCGGUUUGUUUUUUGGCGGGAUUGACAUUUUAAAUGUUUGUGCCGAGCGACGCUCCCUGCAACGCAGUGUCUAGUAGUAAUUACAUUGCUAGCGGAUCCGGAAGUGGAAGGUGAGGUGACAGCGGUGGAGUGAAAAUUACGAGGGAAAUUUUUAAAUUUCCAGUGAACAGAAAAAUAAGUUCUUUGCAAUGCGAAUUCAACAAACGAAACAGUUAUCGCUAGGAAAAACAUUGAAAGUUAGCUCGGUGAUACCAUGGAGUAAUGUCCGGCAGGAUACAGGACAGCAGAAAAAGUGGGACUUGUGUGUUUGAAUCAAUAGUGGAUUGAAAAGAGGAAGAAGCAGGAGUGGGGGUCUCUUCUGAGCGAUGAGUAGUAGGGGGAGGAGUAAGACAUGGAGCAGAUGGAGCGAUGGUUGUAGUACGAGCAGGUUGCCCCAGGUUUUUAUCGUUUGGACCUUGGUGGGAGUUAUUGGAAGGAUUCUGUGCCUGCCGGAUGUCCGCGCCACAUGCCGCACGGUGCCGGGCCUCACGCGGGAACAGCUCGAGCUGUGCUACCGGGCGAGUGACGUCACGGCGGCCGCCAUCGAGGGGUUGGAGUUGGGGGUGCGCGAGUGUCAGCACCAGUUCCAGUGGCACCGCUGGAACUGCUCGUCGCUGAGCACGAAAAGCCGCAAUCCGCACACGUCCAGCAUGCUCAAGAGAGGAUACCGCGAGAGUGCGUUCGCGUACGCGAUCGCCUCCGCCGGGGUGACGCACAGUGUGGCCCGAGCUUGCGCCCAAGGUCGCCUGAUCAGCUGCGGCUGCGAUCCGGCCGUCAACCGGAAGGGCAUGUCCAAGUCGCUGCGGGAAAGCCUGGAGAAGGAAAAGCUGCGCUUUCUGGACGCCAUCAACGAGAACUCGAUCCUGGUGGACGACAGCCUGAAGAAGCUGAAGACGAAACAGGCCAGCCGGUGGAAGUGGGGCGGAUGUUCGCACAACAUGGCCUUCGGGGUGGAGUUCUCCGAGCUGUUCCUGGACACGCGGGAAAAGGGCGGUGACAUCCAGUCGCAGAUCAACCUGCACAAUAACCAUGCCGGGCGGAGGGCCGUGUCCAACAACAUGCAGGUCCGCUGCAAGUGCCACGGAAUGUCCGGCAGUUGCCAGCUGAAGACGUGCUGGAAGUCGGCGCCGGACUUCCGGGUGGUCGGCAAGGUGCUGAAGCAGCAGUACCGAAGGGCGGUCCUCGUAGAUCAGUCCAACCUGGGCAACGGUCCGCCAAUGAUCGUGUACCACAAACCAAAGAAACGGAAGCACGUCAAAAAUGCACGUCCGCCGAGGCGAACCAAGCAUCAGGGCUUGUCGGGGUCGUCGUCCGGUGGGGAGAGUAAUGGCGGCAGUAACCGCGGUGGUGACAGCAAGCGGGACAAGCAGCUCAUGAUGGGACAGCAGUCGCUGGUGGUGCCGAUGGGAGGUCGCGCCGGCAACAAGCGGAUGGAGAACGCACUGUUCUACUACCAAAGAUCGCCCAACUUUUGCGAGCGGGACCAGGUGUCGGAUAUACCGGGAACCGUUGGACGGCGCUGCAACCGCACCAGCACCGGCAGCGAGGGUUGCGCCUCGAUGUGCUGCGGCCGGGGCUACAACCUGGUCCGGGAGAAGCGCGUCGACCGGUGCAACUGCAAAUUCCACUGGUGCUGCUACGUCGAGUGCGACGACUGCGAGGUCGAGGAGUGGAUCAGCGUGUGCAACUAGAAGGACCUUAAGAAAAAGACGACGCUUAUCGCAAGUUACGGUUACGAAAUUCAGCUUCUCUAAGGCAAAAUGGCAAAACUCUUAGGCUGAGAUAAAGAAAAAAUAUUUAAUUGCAACCGCGUGCUUGGAAUGCUCAAGUCUUUACUUGCACCUUGCCAAGGCAGAAAAAGAAGUGAUUGUAUACGAGAGGUGCAUGUUAGAAACCCCUUCUUAAGCGUUCAAGUGACAUUAAUUAGUGUUUGGAUAAAAUAUCUCACAACAAACAUCCAUAUUGGCCAACAAACCAACGGCGUGUGUUCUAUCGCAGCAGUAUUACUUAAAUAAUAUAACAUUGAUAGAGUAUUUGUGGGGAUCGAGUUCGAAUCCACCGACCGACUACUAAUCGUGUAGCUAAUCGUAAUUGCUGUACAUUUACUAGCGAACGAAGAAAAACUCCAAUCGCGGAGUCCCCUCGAACCCCCCCGUGACUUAAGUUAAUUAGUUUUAUUAGUUUUUAUUUAUUUGUUCUGCCCGCGUACCUGUAAAUAUACAAAAAGAAGAAGAAGAAACGUUUUUGCGAUUAGUUUUUAAGUGAGACCAACCAAGCUGAUCACUGUCAUCAUCGAUGGUUAUGAUGACAAAUUGAUCGAUUCUAACCUGCUGUACAUGCUGAGUUAUACGCACACACACUUACAUGAAACGAUAACUAAUAAUUUAAUAAAUUACCAUAAAUUAUAAUUGGUUGUCGCAUGGGGUGCGCAAGAACGUGUGCUCUCUAUCGUUGGAGGGGAAGUUAUUGAGAGCGCAGAUUACAAAAUGAUUCAUGUAGUGAUUGAAUAAAUUAAUGACGAGU